AUGGCGACAGGUCUACCAAUUCAGUGUCAAGGCACUGGAGAGGCCUCUGGUCGAGCUCUCUGCCACCACCUGGGCGUACGCCACAAAAGGCAGUUGACUUGGGUGCAGGGAGCUGGUCCACGUGUAAUCGGCGGAGUCGGGAGUUUCGCUGCCACUCUCUACGAGACCACCGUUUGCAGAGAAGAAUGCGUAGUACAGGGUGUCCGCAGCAGACACUCCAGUCGACACUGUAAAUGUGAACCUGGGAGUACUGUAGGUGAUGCUCCCAGUGAUGGUUCCAAAGCUUGGCGGGGGCGGGGGGGGAUCCGAGGAUGGUGA